ACUAAAAAGACAGAAGAGAUAUUUCAGAGAGCAAGUCACAUGGUAUCCUCGUUCAGAACGAGUGGUUGAAUUCAUUCAACUAUAAGUACAGUGAAGCAAAAAACAGAUAAGCAAGAGCAGACACACUGAUCAGAAGCAUGGCAACACACCAAUCUCUGUUAGACAACAACCCUAGAAAAUCCGUUUCCAAAACUAUAUGCUUAAUCUUCUCUGUAGCUGUUGUGCUAACUUCAUCAGCUCUUAUUGCUUCCUAUCUCUCAAAACCCUCUCCCUUAUUCAACCACGGCAUUUCUCACCGUGUUUGUGAUCAUGCAAUUGAUCAUUCAGCCUGCUUGGCACAUGUCUUGGAAGUGGAACAAGAUCCGAUGUUCGGUGCCACACAAAACCAAAGAUUCGGAUUGCUCCAAUCCUUUUUAAUGAAAUCCACCUCACACAUUGAGAGAGUGAUAGGGGCAGCCAACGCUAUGAGGGUGAGGAUGAACAAUCCAGGAGAAGAAGCCGCUUUGCGGGAUUGCGUGGAGCUGAUGGAGUUGUCCGUGGACAGAGUUUGGGACUCAAAGGCCAGCCUAACCAAAGGGACCACUGAUUCGGCGCAAGAUGUCCACACUUGGCUGAGCAGCGUGCUCACCAAUCAUGUAACUUGCUUGGAGGGACUGAAGGGGCGAGCUCGAAGGGUGAUGGAGGCAGAGGUUCAGGACUUGAUCUCGAGAGCAAGAAGCUCUUUAGCCAUGUUCGUUGCUGUUUUGCCUCCAAAUCCGGAGGUUGAAGUCGUGUCGCUAAAUGGGAAGUUUCCCUCAUGGGUGAGAAGCAAGGAUCGGAGGCUGUUAGAGUCUUCGGCCGGAGAAAUCAAGGCGAACGUUGUGGUGGCUCAGGACGGGAGUGGUGACUUUUUUACUGUUGCUGAAGCUUUGGCCACGGUACCCGAUAAAAGCAAGAAGAGGUAUGUUAUUCAUGUGAAGAACGGAACGUAUAUAGAGAAACUUGAAAUUGGUAAGAAACAGAAGAACGUCAUGCUGGUGGGUGACAGCAUGGAUUUAACUAUAAUCACCGGAAACGUGAGCGUCACCAACGAAACGAGCACCUUUCACACUGCUACUGUUGCGGCGGUUGGGGAUGGGUUCAUAGCCCAAGACAUUUGGUUUAAAAAUUUUGCAGGCCCAGAAAAGCACCAGGCAGUCGCACUUCGCGUGGGCGCUGAUCAAUCCGUGAUAAAUCGUUGCCGCGUGGACGCAUAUCAGGACACGCUCUACGUCCAUUCCAACAGACAGUUCUACCGCGACUCCUACGUUACGGGCACCGUUGACUUCAUCUUUGGAAACGCAGCUGCCGUCUUCCAGAACUGUACGCUGGAGGCCCGAAAGCCCAUGAAAGGUCAGAAAAACAUGGUGACGGCCCAAUCACGAACAGAUCCAAACCAAAACACAGGAAUUUCAAUUCAACAGUGUAACGUCUCCCCCAGUGAGGAUCUCAGGCCCGAGAUAAAGUCUUUCAAAACAUAUCUGGGCCGGCCGUGGCAGAACUUCUCGAGGACUGUUGUUAUGCAAUCCUUUCUGGACAAGCAUAUUGACCCAGAGGGAUGGUCGGAAUGGGAUGACAAACAUAAGAGCUAUUUGGAAACCCUGUAUUAUGGAGAGUACAUGAACAGAGGACCUGGUGCCGGUACCGGUGGAAGAGUGAAUUGGACUGGUUACCACAUCAUCAAAAGUGCAGCCGUGGCCAACCAGUUCACAGUAAAAAACCUCAUCCAAGGCGAUGUUUGGUUGAAGAACAGUGGGGUCAACUUCAUUGAAGGUCUAUAAAUGUUGCCUAUGUGCUUCUAUGUAUCUAAUGCCAUUAUCCAAUAAAACAGACUUUCGGAAA